AUGCGAAAAUCAGAACAUCAUUCAGACCAUGGUCUUAGCUCGGAAGGAAAAGCAGUUGUGGCGAAGAGCAAGGAACGCUUUUUAAAUGCUUUUUAUGCUUACGUAAGAAACCAGAAAGUCGACAACGCGCCACAUGCGACGUGCCGCGUUGCUAAGUUCAUGCUCCUUUUGUCUGCAUUAACGGUAAGUUCACCAUACUUGACCAGUGGAAUAAUGCUGAGCAGUCGUCAGCUUUUGCAGGCGCUGAAUCAUCUAAUGAAAGAAGAGGUGCAGAUGAUGAGUCUUUUCAAUAUUAUUGAAUUUGACGAACUCAUUCAAACCUGUCACAAAAGCACUCCGCCUAUAUGUUCGUCACCGUCUCGAUAA